CGACUCCCUCUGUGUCGGCCAAGAAAGUGUCGUUAACUUGGCACAUUUCUCUCGGGAAUUUGGCAGCAGAGCCCCCCACACGCACACACCCAGAGAAGCCGCGAGAAGGGGUGUGGUGACAGGCCGGACCCUCUCAUCGCCUCCGGGGUCCCACAGGGAAGCCACGUUGCCGUCGAAGAAGAGGCGGUCAGCGGAGAUUCUUUUUUUUUUUUUUUUCUCCUCCUCCUCCACGGUGGAAGCAUCCGAUCGGUCGGGGGCGGCCGGGUGGGAGGAGGCAGAGAGGAAGCAGCUGCCGCACCGCACUCCCUCUUUGACAGGCGCAGGAGGACGGAAGCAAGCUCGCCGCUCAUGUCUACGGAUCUACGUGAAGGCCGGGUCAAAGAAGCGGCGACCCGGCCGUCGGACCCCAGCGGCGGCGCCAUGGCGUCCGUAGCGAAAUACUACGCCGGCAAGAACGUUCUCAUCACGGGGGCCACGGGCUUCAUGGGCAAAGUCCUGGUGGAGAAGCUGCUGAGGUGCUGCCCGGAGGUCCGAGCGCUCUUCCUGCUGGUCAGACCCAAAGCCGGCCAGUCCAUGCGGCAGAGGGUGGACGACAUGAUGAAGUGCAAGCUGUUUGACCGCGUGCGAGAGGACGACCCAGACUUCCACCAGAAGAUCGUGCCCGUCAGCAGCGAGCUGACGCAGCCCGGCCUCGCCAUCAGCGAGGAGGACGCCGCCAAGCUCGCCGACUGCAUCAACAUCGUCUUCCACUGCGCCGCCACCAUCCGCUUCGACGAGCCGCUCAAGCACGCCCUGCAGCUCAACGUGAUCGCCACCCAGCAGCUCCUCGGCCUGGCUCAGCGCAUGCGCCACCUGGAGGCCUUCAUCCACAUCUCCACCGCCUAUGCAAACUGCAACCGCAAGCACAUCGACGAGGUCAUCUACCCGCCGCCCGUCGAGCCCCGGAAGCUCAUUGAGUCCCUCGAGUGGAUGGACGACGGCAUCGUGCGCGACAUCACGCCGCGGCUCAUCGGCGACCGGCCCAACACGUACACGUACACCAAAGCCCUGGCGGAGUACGUGGUGCAGCAGGAGCAGGACAAGCUCAACAUCGGCAUCAUCCGCCCCUCCAUCGUGGGCGCCAGCUGGCAGGAGCCCUUCCCGGGCUGGAUUGACAACUUCAACGGACCAAGCGGAGUCUUUAUUGCUGCCGGCAAAGGGAUCCUCCGCACCAUGCGGGCCAACAACGACGCGGUGGCCGACCUGAUCCCGGUGGACGUGGUCAUCAACCUGACGCUGGCGGCGGGCUGGUACACGGCCGUGCACAGGCCCAAAACGGCGCUGGUGUACAACUGCACCACCGGCGGCAUCAACCCGUUCCACUGGGGCGAGAUCGAGCACCACGUGAUGUCGUCCUUCAAGAGGAACCCUCUGGAUCAGGCCUUCCGCAGGCCCAACGCCAACAUCACGUCCAACUAUCUCAUCAACCAGUACUGGAUCCUGGUCAGCCACAAGUUCCCCGCCCUCAUCUACGACCUGGUCCUGCGUCUCUCCGGACAGAAGCCGCAGAUGAUGCGCAUCUUCAACCGUCUGCACAAAGCCAUCAGCCUGCUGGAGUACUUCAGCAGCCAAGACUGGGAGUGGAACUCCGACAACAUGAGCAUGCUGAUGGCUCACCUCAGCCCGGAGGACCGCAAGACGUUCAACUUUGACGUGCGCCAGCUCAACUGGCCCGAGUACAUCGAGAACUACUGCAUCGGCACCAAGAAGUACGUCCUGAACGAGGACAUGUCCGACAUUCCCGCCGCCAGACAACACCUGAGGAAGCUGAGGAACAUCCGCUACACCUUCAACACCCUGCUGGUGGUCUUCAUCUGGAGGGUCUUCAUCGCCCGCUCCCAGAUGGCCCGGAACAUCUGGUACUUUGUGGUCAGCCUGUGCUUCAAGUUCCUGUCCUACUUCCGCGCGUCCAGCACCUUGACCAACUGAGGAGUCUUUCUUCCUGCUCGCCGGACUCUCGGGCGGGGCGGGGCGGGGCCGAGCCAGCGUGGACCAGCGAGGACGACACGGGUGCAGAACGCCAGAACUUGUCCACACACACACACACACAAGACACACACACUCGAAAGUUAUCCAUUGGAUACGUUGUUCCCCUCUCUUAAUAUAUGCAACAAUUCCUGGCGUCGUCAUGGUUACUGCAUACUUGCCUUCUGCUUCUUUUACUUGAAACGCGUUAACGGAGGACUUUUUUUUUUUUUUUUAAAUGAAACCAGAGGAUAGCCAAGUCGUCUUUGAGGCGAUUCGGAUAUCCGCACGUCUUGUACUCGUACUUGUACCUACUGCCUUUUCCAAGAUGGAAGCAUCGUUUGUCUGGAGGCCAGCCCCCCCCCCUCCCUCCCUGACCGUCUUUUUCCCCGUUAGCGACUCUGUACAGCGAUUUGUACUGACACUGCGUUUACUACUUUUUCAUCUUUGUACUCGACCCGGAGCUCCAUGCGCUGCGACUCAAGGUUGCGUUGGAAGGAGAAGGAAAAAAAACAAAAAGCGCGGGGUUUAUUUGCGUCGACAGCCGAGCGAGGCUAACGACCACUUCCUGUUGUUUACGGCCAAAUGUUAAUUAAGCACAGUCAUUUCAUUGAUGCCAUUUUUUUUUUUUUCCUCAAGGCAAGCGGCUUGGGGUUUUGAGCAGUAUCGAGACGCAAAGGGGCUAAGUACACAGCCCUGUGGGACGCCUCCAUUCACCAAACAGGACCUGCGUCUUUUUUAGUUUGUUCUUACAUAUUCUAUUCCUGAUUUGGAAGAUGUGUAAAUAGUUUAUGGUUCUUCGAAACCACCAAAAAAAAGGGAGCGUAGGAAAGCGACGGCGUCGAACGUAACGUGACAAAGUAGCGUUCUUCGGCAACACAGCCACGAGCCGCUGAGAGGGAAAAAGGGAUGAAAUGUUUAUGCAAAGUUUAUUUUUUACCAGCCAAAAAAAACAAAAAAAAGUGUUUGAUCCCGAGCUUGUCGCGGUGUGGUCACGCGGGACGAGCGCCGACGCCGCAAACACGAUCAAGGACUUCAUCUCAUUCCAUCUGACGUUUGAGCGUGUCUGCUCCGCCGUGCUUCAUUCAAGUGUGAAAUAAACCAAACCAGAGCGACAACCUACCACGUCCAUGCCGCUUUUUUUUUUUUUUUUUUUUUUUUUGCCGUGGGUGGC